AUGAUUUUGCAGUUUAGCAAUCACUCAUCCUGUCCCUGUCUCUUCCAGAUGUCUGUUUGGUGGCGGGUUCUGUUUCCCCUGUUCUUCCAUACCCUCUGCUGUGUGUACCCAUGUUGUGCGUCCCCUCCAGGCCUACUCAAGGCUUACUCAUACUCCCUCAAAUCCACCAUGUGCACCCACGCCCGGGUACAGCAGCUGCUCAGGAGAUAUAAGGAGGAGCAGUUGGAUAACAAGCAGUUUGAGGACAGAAGUCUGGAGUUGCAGACCCUACCAUCCCUCUCUACAGACUUCUACCACUGGCUUCAGAUGAAGGACUGGGAGCGUCUGAGUGCUGCCUCUCGAGACCUGCAUACCUUCUGGGCUCACCUGGACAUGAAGAGAAGGGAGAUGGAGAGGGAGGAGGUGGGACAGGGGGCAGCCCACGGGAUGGGGCGCAGGGGCAAGGCUAAACCCACCAUACCUGAGAGCAUACAGUGCAUUCUGACAGACCUGCGGGAUCUCAUGACCAAAGUCAACUUUCAGUUGAGAUGUGUGAACAGCUCCAGCGUGAGCCCCAUCUCUCCCCCAGCCCUGACCCGUGCAGUGAGCCCUCCCUCCAGCCACCAGGCCCCAUCAAAGUCCCUGUGGACCAGCCGCCUGGAGGGCUACGUCAUCCUCAGGGACCUGGAGCGCUACCUCACUAAGCUGGCCAGAGACUUCCACCUCCUGAAGACCAAACACAGAGGUCCUCCAGGCGCCCAGCCCAGGGGUAGAUAG